CCGGCGCCCCGCGGCCCGCAGCCUCCUCCGCCCGCCGCCCCGCGCCCCCAGCCGCGUCGCCCUCUGCGCCCCGCGGUGCCCCCCGGUCCCGCCCGCCAUGCCCGGCCCGGCCGCGGGCAGUAGGGCCCGGGUCUACGCCGAGGUGAACAGCCUGAGGAGCCGCGAGUACUGGGACUACGAGUCUCACGUCCCGAGCUGGGGUAAUCAAGAUGAUUACCAACUGGUUCGAAAACUUGGUCGCGGAAAAUAUAGUGAAGUAUUUGAGGCCAUUAACAUUACUAACAACGAAAGAGUGGUUGUAAAAAUUCUCAAGCCAGUGAAGAAAAAGAAGAUAAAACGAGAGGUUAAAAUUCUGGAAAAUCUUCGUGGUGGAACAAAUAUCAUUAAGCUGAUUGACACUGUAAAGGACCCCGUGUCUAAGACACCAGCGUUGGUAUUUGAAUAUAUCAAUAAUACAGAUUUUAAGCAACUCUAUCAGAUCCUGACAGACUUUGAUAUUCGGUUUUAUAUGUAUGAACUACUUAAAGCUCUGGAUUACUGCCACAGCAAGGGAAUCAUGCACAGGGAUGUGAAACCUCACAAUGUCAUGAUAGAUCACCAACAAAAAAAGCUGCGACUGAUAGACUGGGGCUUGGCAGAGUUCUAUCAUCCUGCUCAGGAGUACAAUGUUCGAGUAGCCUCGAGGUACUUCAAGGGACCAGAGCUCCUUGUGGACUAUCAGAUGUAUGAUUACAGCUUGGACAUGUGGAGUUUGGGCUGUAUGUUAGCAAGUAUGAUCUUUCGAAAGGAACCCUUUUUCCAUGGGCAGGACAACUAUGACCAGCUUGUUCGCAUUGCCAAGGUUCUGGGUACAGAUGAGCUAUAUGGCUAUCUGAAGAAAUAUCACAUAGACCUAGAUCCACACUUCAACGAUAUCUUGGGACAGCAUUCAAGGAAACGCUGGGAAAACUUCAUCCAUAGUGAGAACAGACACCUUGUCAGCCCUGAGGCCCUCGAUCUUCUGGACAAACUUCUGCGAUAUGACCAUCAACAGAGAUUGACUGCCAAAGAGGCCAUGGAACACCCAUACUUCUACCCCGUGGUGAAGGAGCAGUCCCAGCCUUGUGCAGAGAAUGCUGUACUUUCCAGUGGUCUCACAGCAGCACGAUGAAGACUGGAAAGCGACGGGUAAUGCGGCAUUGAUGCUUGCCAAUAAAACCAACCACCAAACACAAAUUUUGAAGGAAACCACAGUGUGAUAAAAAGAAAUUCUAAUCAUUCCUUCUAAGGCAAUGAAGAGUAAAGACCUAAAAGUGUGUCAAAGGAAACUCCCCAGUACUAGUCUCCAGGGAGCUGCAGUUGUGCAGUGAGAUGAUGCAUAUAGUUCAGGAUCUGAGGAGACUCUCCCUUUGGAAUGCAUGGGAGAUGAGAAACUCGGAGUUGUUGUACAUUUUUCCUCAUUUAACAGGACACCACUGUUGAAUUAACCCAUUCGGUCAACAAGCUCUGAAUAUCUGACUUCCUAUCUAUUCCAUUGUGGUCUGGUUUCCUUUGAUGAGAAUUCAGGCUCAAGUUUUAGAAAACGUCAGCAGUCGAUACUGACACACCAGCCUCAUUUAUGAAAAAGAUAUUAAAACAGUGACAGUAUUUUUCUUUAAGCUCUUUUACAAAUUCAUGUUCUAUGUAUUUUUUUAUGACAUGAGCUCUCCAGGAAAUGUACCUCACCCCUGCAGUUUCCCUCUAAAUGUUUUCAUUUGGAAGCAAACUGCAGCCACUUUCAGUCUCCUUUGCUGUCAGGAGACAUCACUUGAAAUCGUGAGAUGCCGUGAACAGAUCCACCAGUCUCAUCAGAAAGCCCCUGCUGUAUGCAUUACUUGGAGCUCACUGUAACCUCUGUUGAUUUGCCUAACUACAGAAUCUUUUUUUUUUUUUUUUUAAUUUAGGCUUUUUUUGGGAGGAGCAGUCUUUUAAGGAAAACCUCAGCAUUCCCAGCACAUCCCUGUGUGUGCACCUACUGACUUUUUUGUUCACAACCAUAACUAAAGCUGGCAAGUCAGUUUUCAGGCAGGUUGAAGAGGGAAAAAACAUCCUAUUAGGAUUUAUUUAGGAAAGAUUCAUUUGGGGGGAAAGUAUCACCCAUGACAGUUUCCAACCAUAAUCAGGGUAAUACAUAUUUUGAGUGCUGAUACAUGAUAUGUAACAAGGGAAAGAUAAGUUUUCUCAAAUGCAGGCACUGAUAUUGUAUGAGCAAGGUUAUUCCUGUAACUCUAGCAACUGAGAAGAAAGAAAUAUGCAGGGACUGGGGAUAAAAGUGGACCUCCUGGAGCAGGUGUUAAGUUUUGGAUCUACUGUGCUAAUCUUGACAUUAGCAAAGAAAGCUAGGUUUUAUUUUAAAAGAGAGAGAGUAUUGGGCUGAUUUCAUUCUGGGGACUUGUCAACAAUAUGAUUUUCCUAAAUUAGUCCCCCAUCUCCCCAGCUACAGAGCUAUUGCUACAAGCUCUGGGGACCUAACAUGCCUGGGCUAGAGCUAGAGAAGUCAACCACCAUAUCACACUUAGUAUUUCUUUAUAACUAUUUAAUAAUGCCAUACAUUUUUUUUAAAGAUUAGAGUGUUUGUUUGAGGCAUAUGUUUACAUUCCAUAUUCCAAUAAAAUCAUAUUGAUAUUGGUAGCAGGUCCUAUCUUUAAAUGUAGAUUCUAUUUUUGUUGUUUGGUCGGUGGGAACUUAAAAUGCAAAUGAAACUCUUCUCCUUGUAAAGCCAAAUUUAUAAAUUUAGCUCCUAAAGCCAGGAAAUACAUUCAGUUAAGGUUCUCAUACUAAUACUGCCUACCUGCAUUGCACAUUCUGUAUCUUUGUUCUACCUGAAAAUUAAAAAGAUGUGAAUUCUUAGCUGAACCUAUAUCAUUAUGUCAGGCAGCAAAACUCAGUGUUUUGAAUUAUCACAGGCCUUCAAAAGGCCCUUAGAGUAAGCAGCCUGAAGUAUUGAUUAUCAGAGAGAUGUGCCACUGUGUUUGUUGCUCCCCACACUCCAAGCCCACUCUUGCCUCUGUCUUUUGUUUUGUGCCUUUUCUUUUUUUUCUUUCUUCUUCUUCUUUUUUUUUUUUUCCUUUCUUUUUUGGUGCCUGUCUGACCUACUGGAGGGUAUUGGUUGAGCAGUAACCCUGCUUCUUUCCCUUGGGUUCCCCAGCGGCAAUAAAAGCAUUUAGAAAAGUGAAGCAGUGAGCCCCCACCCCUCUUCUUUGGCCUUCUCAGCUGGCUUCCUGCCCUUAGGACUGUAGCUGCAUCUAUGACACAACGCAGUCCUUCCUUCUUAAGCAGCCAGUUUACUUUCAUGGCACCUAUACUUUUACCUCUCUUCAUGCCUUAAACUUGAGUUUAAAAUGCUUAUUCCCUCUGGAUCUGGACUUGACACCUAGGCCGUUUCCCAAACUGAAGUGAAUCUAGUUCAGACCUUUUCUUUCACCUGUCUCUAAUCCAUGUGUCUGAAUGGAGCCUUCUCCCCUGAAAUGUUAGUGUGUUUCCCUGAGUUAGGAGACGGUCUUAGGAAGUUCCUAAAGGGUGUGUGUGUAUGUGCGCACACACGCGCCUAUGUGCAUGUAUGUGCGUGUAUGUUGGAAUGGAAGUCUAGUUUUAUAUUUAGAAUAACAUAAGGUAAAUUGACCUACCCCAGUAUCCUUUUCAGUUAGCAUAUUCACUCUUAAACUCAUCUCAGUAAUUUGCAUUUGUUUGCUUCAUACCUUAUAACAGGUUAAAAGUGCCUAUGACAAGGACUUCAUUAUUUCCUAAAGAAAAGCAAAAAACAUGGGGAACAGGGUAGUGUUACACUGUCAUCUCAGGUACUGCCUGUGUUCAGGAACAUAGACCUGGAUGGGUGAGAACAGAAGCUUCCUGUGCUUCCAAGAAGCUUCCAGAUCUAUGUGUCAUCCUUGGUGGCCAUGAGUGUGCUUAACUGUAAGGUUGCCUCAGCUGAGAAAUCCCAUGGUGAGAGUGGUGCUAAUGAAGUGCUAAGUGACAUUCCCUUCCAGCCAUGAUGGCAGCCCACUUUCUUCGGGCUUCUAUCAGCUGAUCUUGUUACCAUCCUAGCCCUGUGGGCAGCUGGGUUUAAGAAGCCUGUAAGUGCAUAGUGUGGAGCAGGUGUUCCUGGGGCUUUGUACCAAUUAGUGAAGUGCCUGUGCAAUCCAGAUUUGUGAGGCACUGAGAUGGUCUGUAGCACAUCACUGCUCCAGGCUUAAAGUUCUUAAAGUUCAGGUCAUCCAUUGCAAAGAGGAAGGUACUCUCUCAUCUGACUGACCAUAGGAGACAGAAGAGCUCGGGAUCCUGGGACCUUGGAGAGAGUGACUGGGGGAGGAGCAAGUAAAAAAGGAAAAUGCCCUAAAGGUAGAUCUUGAGGAAUGGUUUUCUUGAGAGGAUGAAAUGAACAGACACAAAGUUCUUGUUCUAGAGUGAGCUCUGGGGGGAGGACACUACCCCCUGGCUUGGAUCCCAUGACCCUUUGAAAGGUGGUGCUCUCAAGUCAGGUGCUGAGUCCCAGAGAGAACUGGUGCUGAGUGUCUCACAGUCUGUACCUACUCAGGGAAAUGGCUUAGGUUCUCCCAGGUGCUGCAUAGAUGUGAAUGGAAGCAGAGCUGCUUUGGGAGACAAACUUGGAAGAAUUUUUAUAUAUGCAUUGAAAUAAAUCUAAAAGAGCCUAGUUAACAGUUUCCUUUAAUGCCAGUUCAGAUUUAAAGGUUUGUUUAGAAACCUGUGUUGCUGCGUGAGCAUCCACAGAAAACAGACUUACCCCCUGCAGAUAAGUGAGUGGAUAACAGCUGAUGAGUAACAGCCAAACUUUAGGUAACACCCUCUGAAAGCAAAAGCAGGGUCCUCAUCACACUGUAAGCCCUAGUUUGUCAGUGAACUUAAUAAAUUGAAACUGAAUGUCCUGCCUUUAAAAACUAACCCCAGGGUGGGGUAGUUGGGAGGGGAGGUGGCAAGGAAACCAGUAACAACAUGCUUUUGAAUGUUAAUAAAACACCCCAAACAGGUAUUAUAGAGGCUGGGGGGAAAAAAGAUGUGAUGGGAUUAUACAGAUGAUACAUUCUUUUGUGUCAAGACGCAAACAAUGUGCUACAAAUGUGAUACUUAACCCUGAACUGCAUGUAUUGAGGAUUGUUUAAAAAAAAAAAAAAAACUUUGAAUCAAUAAAUUAACCGUUUUUCACUUGCUGGCUCUUUUUGGUGUAAAUGAUGACUGAGUUUGGGACAGAAAUCUUGACAUCCAGCGGAAAGCUUGUAUAAUCGUCAAGAAACCUGGAGCCUUCUAUUUGCAGAAAAGCAACACUGCUUGCGUUAUGAUCCUUUACAAGUGACUGUUUCAGACACAGUUGGCCACCUCUGUAUAUCAUGAAUGACUGAUACAUGAUUCAUCUGCUGCUGCCCUUAGAGGGAAGAAUAUUGCUAUGUUAAAUUGUGUUUUCCUAAAUAAAAAUGUUGAUAAUACCUA